CUCUCUCCCUCGCGCCCACUUUCUUUUUUUUAUACACACACAGAUUAGAUGUUUUAUGUUGUGUUAUCGAUGUAUUGAAAACAAUCAAACAAACAAACAAACCAACCAACCAAACCGACCAACCCAACCCAAGAGCUUUUCAAUGCGCCGGGGAGGAUGGAACAAGCCGAGAUCCUGAAGAGAUUCAUCGAGCGGGUGCAGGCGAUGAAAGUGCGCGACCAGAACGGGGAGGACAACUUCGCCAACGACUUCAUGCGACUCCGAAGACUUUCAACAAAAUACAGAACCGAAAAGAUCUAUCCAACAAACACUGGAGAAAAGGAAGAAAAUGUUAAGAAGAACAGAUAUAAGGAUAUCUUGCCAUUUGACCACAGCAGAGUGAAGCUUGCGUUGAAAACAUCACAGGUGGAUUCGGAUUAUAUCAAUGCAAAUUUUAUCAAGGGAGUGUAUGGGCCAAACUCCUACAUUGCUACCCAGGGACCACUAGCAAACACUGUAUUAGAUUUUUGGAGGAUGAUCUGGGAGUACAAUGUUGCAAUAAUUGUUGUGGCGUGCCGUGAGUUUGAAAUGGGGAGGAAAAAAUGUGAGCGCUACUGGCCCAUACAUGGGGAUGGUCCUCUUCGACUUGGAGAAUUUCUAGUUACGUGUGAAGCUGAACAAGCUAGGAACGACUAUUUUAUAAGAACUCUAUUAGUGGAAUUCCAGAAUGAAUCUCGUAGACUAUAUCAGUUUCAUUACAUAAACUGGCCUGACCAUGAUGUUCCAUCUUCAUUUGAUUCCAUCUUGGAUAUGAUCAGUUUGAUGCGAGAAUAUCAAGAUCAUGAGAAGGUGCCUAUUUGUAUCCACUGCAGUGCUGGAUGUGGAAGAACUGGAGCCAUAUGUGCAAUUGAUUAUACUUGGAAUUUACUAAAAGCUGGGAAAAUUCCUGAAGAAUUCAGUGUUUACAGUUUGAUCCAGGAAAUGAGAACACAAAGGCACUCUGCAGUACAGACAAAGGAACAAUAUGAGCUGGUUCACCGUGCAAUAGCUCAACUAUUCGAAAAGGAACUACAGAGGUGUCAAUGCACUGAAAGUCCCAACACAGAUGAAAUUAGUACUGAGAAUACUGCCACAUCUUCUGUUGCUGAGAAAUCUGACAUGCCACCGCCCAAGCCACCACGAGUCCGAAGCUGCCUGGUGGAAGGGGAUGCUAAAGAAGAAAUCUUGCAACCUCCAGAACCACAACCAGUCCCACCCAUCCUGACUCCUUCACCUCCAUCUGCAUAUCCUGCUGUUACAACUGUCUGGCAGGAUAACGAUCGAUAUCAUCCCAAACCAGUCGUACACUUGUUUACACAAUCACAUGCCACAGACCUCAACGAAAACUUCAACAAGCCAGCGGAUACCUUCAAACAGGUUGAAAAUUGUCCCUCUUCACACACUGAAUCCAUUGAGAAAAAGCUGGAGAGAAAACUGAGUAUUGAAAUAAAGAAGAUACCACUCCAAGAAGGACCUAAGAGUUUUGAAAUGUCACCACCUGGUGGAAACGGUUCUUUUAAUAGAACACCCUUAACUAAAGCUAAAUCCACUUCAGUGAUUGAGAUUGAGAAGAUCUGUAAAUCCGAGGAAUUGAACUCUGUGAACUCCCAAGUGGACACUCUGCAGCACUCUUGUGCUACUCAGGAAGUGAAGAGUCAGCUAAAUUCUGACGUUCUACAGAGACCAGUGCAACUGCCACUCAAAGAGAGAGCUCAAGCCUCAUGGAACAUGCAAAGUGUUGAAUGUACGCCACCUGCCUUUAGCAAGUCUUCCACUGCUGAUAAAUUAUUCAAAACCGAAUGUCAAUCUUCUCCUGCACCCGCUCUGACAGCAGAGACGUCCUCAAAAGAGACACCUGUUGUUCCCCCUGUAACCGUGGGUACGAGUGAACCUUGUGCAAAUCCACCACCCCUCAGUUUUACUAACCCUCUCCAUUCUGACGACUCUGAACCAGAGGAGAUGGAUGUUGGCACAGCUAUACCUAAAAGUAUCUCCAGUGUUUUAAGUGCCACUGUUACUUCCACCAUGCAAAAUGAAACCCCUUCAGUGAGAAAAAUAUCACCUUUGUCCAUUGCUCGAGAACAACCAUCCAACACAUUGAAUUUACGAGCUGACAAACAUUCUGGGGAUAAAGAAGAUAAUCCACCACCUUUGCCAGAAAGAACUCCUGAAUCUUUUGUUGUGGCAAGCGAACCUGACUCCUCUGCUAACCCAGUUAAUGCCAGGAGAUCUGCAGAAUGGAGUGGGUUCCAGCAAACGCAAUCUGUUGAGCAUCCAAAGAUGGUGAGGAGCAAGAGUCUGAAAAAUCCCAGAAUUCAAAGAAAUGAAUACCCUGAGGCGGGUGAUGGUGGGAGAUCAUCGGGUUGUACAGGAAUGAAAGCUACCACAAGGCCGGAGAUGGGACAGUCCGCAGAAACAAAUUCGAAAAGUAGAUCACGCGGUUCAGAUUUAGGCUUCAAUAAUCGCUACACAAAGCCCAAAGGACCAAGAGAUCCCCCUUCUGAGUGGACAUGAUGGAGCAGAUGUUCAGGUGGACCAUAGUACCCGCGUAUCGUCCAAGUGCCACUAAAGGACUGAAUAGAUACAAAAAAUAUUCGCACUCACUAAACACAAUCUUUCUUUACUAACCAAGCAAGAGCAAUUUAGACGUCUCUUCAGUUGCAGAAUGGUACAUGUUUCACAACUAUUGUAACUUGCUAAAUAAAGAACCUUCCGAGGGUGUGGAUUUCGGUGCUAAAUCUCUCUCUGCUGGGACCAUUUUUACCUGCCUUACUUCACACUUCAGAAAAGUAUUAAGACGUAAAGAAAGUCUGCAGAAAGUAUUACAGGCCUUAAUUUUUUGUGGAAUUUGUUACACUGCUUGUAGGAUUGUAUAUUAAUACAGUAAAAUAAGUAUAAAUAGGGAGUCUGUGGACAGUUAUUCUUUGCUAACUUGCAGAAACUAUGACUAUGUGCAUUACUCUUUUAUAAAUGUACAGGGCAGGUAGGUAUAUAAUUGACAAUGUUGCAGGCAUUAAAUAUUCUUAACAGAAGAUGUAAGAAAUCUGUGCAUGAUCUAAAACUUUUUUGUGUACCAUUUUUGUAAAUUAUUUGCCCUGAAGUUAUAGAAAAUAAUUCUUUCAGGUGUUCUUAACUGCUGGAAAUGAGCAGCCAGCUUGCAGUUUAACAGGGGUUGAGAUUGUAAUAAUACAUUUGUAAAUUGUAAGCAAAAGGAUAUUUUUAUAUUAUAUGCUGUGUUAAUAACCAAUCCCGCUUUGAUUUGUUGUUCAUUCGGCCUUGAAUUUAGUAAGUGCCUUCGAACAGUAUGCAGUUCUGUUAACAUCACACAUGCAUUUUGUUUGUGCAUGUGCACGUUUGGGGCAAGAAGACUAUCAGCCACAAAAAGACCUGUAUUUUACGUUGUAUUGACCUGUCAGUAAAGAUCUUUAAGCAAA